CACAUCCAGUCCCUCUAAAUUACACUCAACUCUCCCUCUACGCCCCAAAGGUCCUCUCUGCUUCCAAAAGGCCAGAGCUUGUUAUCUAACGCAGAUACACGCAUACUUGCUCCACUCCCAAUCCCUCUGCUUCAAGGGAUGGCAGCAUCAUCCGCGUGCCUUGUGGGGAAUAGUUUCUCUACCCAGAGUGCAAAAACAAGUUUGAGCAAAGAUAUCUAUGGGAAGUUGGUCUUUCCUUUUCCACGCCUUCCAUCAUUUCGUAAGGCCUCGAAAGUAGUUUUUGCAAAGGCAUCUUUGGACCAGAUGCACCAUGAACGAAGAAGAGACUUUCUAAAGUUGUUGCUUGGAAAUGUUGGAGUUGGUGUGCCUGCUUUACUGGGAAGUGGGAAUGCGAAGGCUGAUGACCAAGGGGUUUCUUCCUCCAGGAUGUCUUAUUCUAGGUUUUUGGAGUAUUUGGACAAGGACAGAGUGAAAAAGGUUGAUUUGUUUGAGAAUGGAACCAUAGCUAUUGUUGAGGCUGUUUCUCCUGAACUGGGUAACCGGGUUCAGCGAGUUCGCGUGCAGCUUCCAGGGCUCAGCCAGGAACUCCUUCAGAAGUUCAGGGAAAAGAACAUUGACUUUGCGGCACAUAAUGCCCAAGAAGACUCUGGAUCUCUGCUAUUCAAUUUGAUUGGGAAUCUCGCUUUCCCUUUAAUCUUAAUUGGGGGACUAUUCUUACUCUCAAGGCGCUCAUCUGGAGGCAUGGGUGGUCCAGGUGGACCUGGAUUCCCCCUUUCCUUUGGCCAAUCUAAAGCCAAGUUCCAAAUGGAACCAAACACUGGAGUGACAUUUGAUGAUGUUGCCGGAGUAGAUGAAGCUAAGCAGGAUUUCAUGGAGGUGGUGGAGUUUCUGAAGAAGCCUGAAAGGUUCACAGCAGUUGGGGCUCGUAUUCCAAAAGGGGUUCUUCUUAUCGGUCCUCCUGGUACUGGAAAGACUCUGCUAGCCAAGGCGAUUGCUGGUGAAGCUGGUGUUCCAUUUUUCUCCAUCUCAGGUUCAGAGUUUGUAGAAAUGUUUGUUGGUGUUGGUGCCUCUCGAGUCCGUGAUCUUUUCAAAAAGGCAAAGGAAAAUGCUCCUUGCAUUGUUUUUGUUGAUGAAAUUGAUGCUGUUGGACGGCAAAGAGGAACUGGAAUUGGUGGAGGGAAUGAUGAAAGAGAACAGACUCUUAACCAACUUUUGACAGAAAUGGAUGGUUUCGAAGGUAAUACUGGUAUCAUCGUUGUUGCAGCAACUAACAGGGCGGACAUUCUCGACUCUGCCUUACUGAGGCCUGGACGGUUCGAUAGACAGGUAACUGUUGAUGUUCCAGAUAUACGGGGAAGAACGGAGAUCUUAAAGGUUCAUGGUAGCAACAAAAAGUUUGAUUCAGAUGUUUCUCUUGAUGUUGUAGCCAUGAGAACACCUGGUUUUAGCGGAGCAGAUCUUGCAAAUCUCUUAAAUGAGGCAGCUAUACUCGCUGGUAGGCGUGGGAAGACGGGAAUUUCAUCUAAAGAGAUUGAUGAUUCAAUUGAUAGGAUUGUGGCUGGAAUGGAAGGUACAGUAAUGACAGAUGGGAAAAGCAAAAGUCUUGUGGCAUAUCAUGAAGUUGGGCAUGCCAUUUGUGGGACUUUGACUCCAGGGCAUGAUGCUGUUCAGAAAGUGACCCUAGUUCCACGUGGUCAGGCACGGGGUCUUACCUGGUUUAUUCCUGCUGAUGAUCCUACCCUGAUCUCCAAGCAGCAGCUCUUUGCUCGAAUUGUUGGUGGACUAGGAGGCAGAGCUGCAGAGGAAGUGAUCUUUGGUGAGCCAGAGGUGACAACAGGUGCAGCUGGUGAUUUGCAGCAGAUUACUGGUUUGGCAAAACAGAUGGUAACAACAUUUGGAAUGUCUGAAAUUGGCCCAUGGUCACUUAUGGACUCAGCCCAGAGUGGGGAUGUCAUCAUGAGAAUGAUGGCGAGGAACUCAAUGUCAGAAAAGCUUGCUGAAGACAUUGACGAUGCCAUCAAGAGGAUAUCAGACAAAGCAUAUGAAAUUGCAUUGACCCACAUAAGGAACAACCGUGAGGCCAUUGACAAGAUCGUGGAAGUCCUCCUUGAGAAGGAAACGAUGUCUGGGGAUGAAUUCCGGGCACUUCUCUCAGAAUUUGUUGAAAUCCCAGUUGAAAAUCGGGUCCCUACUUCAUUGCCCUCACCGGUCACUGUUUGAAUAGCAAAAAUUAGACUUGUAACUGUCAUUGAUUCUUGAUCAUACACGUAUUGGAUUGGUUAAAUGUAUUAUAUCUGUAAUCUUCAGUAAAAGUGAAAGAAUAGUUCAAUAUAUCAGCCUUACUGCAGCACUAUGGACGUAGUACAUAUACGCUGCAGCUCUUAACGGAGUAGUUGUUCAUCUA